AUGACGAAGCGAACCAAGAAGGUCGGAGUUACUGGAAAGUACGGUGUCGUAAGUCCACACCGCUAGAGGUCCCACGGCCAAUCGAGCUCGCUCCCCAAGUUGCGACGCUCACCCCAUUGCCCAUUUCCUGCAAAACAGCGUUACGGUGCUACGUUGAGGAAGUCGAUCAAGAAGAUGGAAAUCACCCAACACGCUACCUACACGUCAGUCGGUGCUCUUUGGCUUCCGUCCUUAGUCUUCAAGUCCUGACCCGGUUGCAUUCCACUCGUUUUACUUUUCCCUAGCUGCACCUUCUGCGGCAAGGACGCCGUCAAGCGACAAGCCGUCGGCAUCUGGCACUGCAAGGCCUGCAAGAAGACCACCGCCGGUGGUGCCUGGACCGUCUCGACCACUGCCGCUGCUACCGUUCGAUCGUGAGUUUCGUCAUCCCAGUUGGAACGAGACGACCAGCCCCGGAAUGCUCACCAAUCACUUCACUAUUAACCUCGGGAACACAGGACCGUUCGUCGAUUGAGGGACUUGGCAGAAUCAUAA